AUAGGCAUCGGCAAUGGCUCCUAAUAAAUUUAAGCAUAUUUAAGCAUGAAUAUCAACAAAAAGCAUUUUAUGCUCAAUUAUACAAAAUAUUAAUCAACUGCUGAGUUACCGUCGGCCCAGUUAACAGCAUUAGCAUUUGCAAAUCAAUUGGAUAUAUUUGCAACUGGAUUUGCGGACGCGUUCGGCAAACAUAAACAAUGUGACUAAAAUUUGCAUGGAUGCUGGAACCUGUUAGAAUUAACAAAAUUAAUCUACAAGUUCUUGAGUAGUAUUACGUUGUGUUCCAAACUGCCAUUGGAGGUGUCUUAAUAAUCCAACCGGACAACUCAUCGAAAUAUAAAUGCUGAACAAUGUCGAGCAAAGAGGAAAACACGGUCACCAAGAACCAAUUCAGCUUCUUGCAAGAUAGGAAAACCUAUUGGUAUACUGUAAAUGAAAUUAAGAAUGAAGCGACAUGCCCAAGCUGUGGCAGAUCUAUUGAUAAGUUUAAAAAUCUAACUGCGCACGUUAAACGCUGUUUUAGCAUUAAGAAAAUCGGACCUAUAUACAGACUACACGGCUAUGUCGAAUGUAAAUGUGGACUCCUAAUCGCGGACAACACCAAGGCACAAAAGCUGCACGUUUGCAUGGGAGAAGUGCCCGCUUUUGAGCCGGAUCUGACGUAUGUGCGCAAGAAACCAACGCCGGAAGAUCGAAAGGCGACCGAUAAACGCAUGUCCCUCAGCCCCCAUCUGGAGCGUGAGCUGCUGCAGCCCAAGCCCUGGAUACGCAACUUUGUCUCCCCCUUUAAGCUAGAUAUAGAAAACCUGCAUGACAAUCCCAAGCCGGAGCCGCGUGUUCGCAAUUUUGACCUGCCCGUCAGCAGCGGCAAACGGGCGCCGAAGAAUGUCAGCGUCUACUCCAUAGGCUCCAAUAAUGGCACAAUCUUCGUAACUGGACAAGCGCCGCCGCCAUCAUCGGGCAAUCAGAAUGUGAUCCUUAUAAAAAAGCGCGCACUGCGUCUGCCCCAGCUCAAGGGCGACAAGUGCAGUUAGUACAACUAUUUGCCCGAAGAGCAUUUGAAAUAAAAGAUUGUAUUAGCUUUUUUUUAUAUGUAAUAAAUAGAAAGAUCAUUUAUUAUAUAGUAAUUGUAAAAUGUUGCGUUUACAACUUAUAUAUUGCUUAGCUUUGUUUUAUGAAAUACAAAAAAAGAACAUCAAAUGCGACGACAAAUAACUACGUUUAGUUUUGUGUAAAGUUUAUACACUUUAUAAGUAAUAUAUAUAUUUAUUGAAUAGUAUUUUCGGUUGUAAGUGUAAAAAUGUCUAAAACUGGCUAAGAAUUCGGCUGUAUACGGUUUCUGUAUUUUGUAAUUUCUAACGCUUGGUCUGGGCUGGGCGGUCCUCUAGUUCCUAUUAUAUAGACAUAUAUAUAUA